CAGGAAUCACGCUCCGGGAUCCGAUUUCUUUUCUUUCUGGCGUUUCCCACCAAAAUCCUUCACAGUUUGUUUUGCCUCGUGACAGCAUGACGGGACUCAAAGUUGCACAUUUGGGAUAAUUACAAUAAUGGUUCGCUUCAAAUGUCCAUUUCAACGGAGCUACAGCUGAGGUUUCAUUCAAAGUCGGACUAGAUUUUUUAAGCGUGAUGGAUACAAAUGAGUUCGCAGUACUAAAACUUUUUGUUGUUGGGAUUUUGGUCAAUGCAUGGAUGAUGGGAGGACUGUCAGCCACUGACACUUUAAACAUAGAGCCCACUCCCCCCCGGCCCAGGAAACCCUGCAACGAAUCCCGCCUGCAGUGGGAGGUGGAGGUCUGUGGUGAAGACUUCAAGCGGGACAUGGCUCACAUAGAUCCACAGCACUGGUGUAACCUCACACACUUCAUCAGUGAGUAUCACCUCUUCACCCUCUGCACAGAGACAAAGUCCCACAUCGCCAACUGCUAUUGGCCCAACCCGCUGGUGGAGAGCUACAUCAUUCGCAUACACAAGCACUUUUUCUCCAACUGCACCAUGGAUCAUGUGGUAUGGGUGGAUCCGCCGGACGACACGCUUACCAUCCUCAUCCUCGUCCCUGUUUUUCUUACCUUGGCCAUGAUCGCCCUGGUGGUCUGGUGCAGUAAGAGGAGUGACAUCCUGGCCUAGGAGGAAAGGAAGAUUAAAGAGGAUCAAGGAAGAGGGGAGAGGAGCUCAACUUCUCUACUAAAACAAUACUGUACUCAAUGAAGGAGUGUACAAAGGUUUUGGGAGAUUGUUUCAGUUGGUCAAAAUAAUCCACAAAUGGCAAUACAAAUCACCCACAUGUCCUGUGAAAACCAUACAGCUAGUCUCUGGUAGUAUAAAGUAGUAUUCAAUAUAUUAAAUUUCCCCCUGUAUCCAGUCUUAAUGCUAAACUAAGCUAAUUGGCUUCUAGCUGUAGGUUGAUAUUUAGCAUACACAUAUGAGAGGUAUUGAGCUUCUAAUCUAGCUCUUGGCAAGAAGUCAAGUGGGUGUAUUUUCAACUAAUGUGUUUUUUUCCUGGUGAAAAUGUUUUAUUUGCCUGAAGCCACGGGGAGGAAUAUGUGCAUCCAGGGCUUUAUGUGUAUCUAUAAAUACCAGAGAGAAUGAUCCAACCUAAGACGGAGGAUUAUGAUGGUUUGACAAUGUCACUUAUCGGGUAACUUGACCAGCUGCACAGUGGACCUCCAAAUCUCAGUGCAUUCUUUAAAGCUCAUGGAUCCGGACCGUUGACCUCGAAGAUUCUUGUCGGAGCACUGUAUUGUCGCUGAAGGCCAAAGUAUCCACCAAGCAUCAGAGGCAGUGAUUGAACUCUAAACUGAUGGGAAAUAGGGACUCCCAGAGCACGCUAUUUGUUAAAUAUUUUAACAUGAUACUGUAUGAUGGCUUGGAAGGAUAAAAAAGAAGCCAAAUUUGGACAAAAUAUUGAUUCUGUUGAGUUACUGAAUGGACAGACGCCACUGGAAAGGAUACACUGGUGUGUAACCCAAAGACAAGGCAACACUAUGAUUAUUAUAUUUUGGGACGUGAAUUUCUUGUGUGACUACCUGAGCCCCAAGGGACUGUUUUAUAACAGUGUAACUUAUCAAAUACUGUUGAAUAAAAUACUGUUAAUACUCACAAAGAAGGAUUCUCAAUGGAAAAAAAACAUGAACUAAGCGACAUUGAGACCUCACAAUGUACAGUUAUCCUUCUCUGUCUGUGCUGUCUACUGUAUCUGCAUUGCCUCUCCUGUCUUAUUCAGACCAGUGGGAAAUAUACACUGAUGCUUUGAAAUUAAUUCCUUUGGGGAAAGCCUUUAAUGUACGCACUUCAUUGGUUCUUUGUACCGCUGUCCUCACCAGCCACAAGGCAAACAAAACCGAGCACUGCUUUUUUUUGUCAGCACUCAUUGCGCACAACGUGUCUCUCGCUAUGGAAAAUGAAACUCAGCAAAACAUACCUUGAUUAAAUCUCAAGUCUCUCUGAGAAUAAUGGGUUGCUCUUUUUCAUUAUGCGAACAAAGAAAACACAGAAAACACUUUCCAACACAUUUUUAAAUUGAUAUGCAGUGGAUUGUAGCUCAUAUCGUGAAUCUUUUGAGUCGCCUUCAAUCUGUUGUCUUCUGUUUCUUUGAUUCAUUGUCUGCCAAACACUGCCCGUGCAGCUUUUAGUCAAUUAUCAUUUGCUUAAAGUGUUAGUCUUGCUUGUAAACCACUUACAUUACAGGAAACACCAAAAAAAAUACAAACCAAGGCAGACAGCCAGAAUCUUCAAUUCAAUAUUUAGGUGCUCUCUUCAACAAAUUUGAAAAUCACACAGUUAAAUCACUGCAUUAAAUAAUUAUGACAUUCUCUUUGGAAUAUUGUUAUAUUCACUGUAAACAAGGCUCUUCUGUCUUGAUACAUUGCUCUCUGGAUUGAUAUAAAGGCUACCAACCAAAUUUUAAAUAAUUUAAGAUUACUAUGCCUAGCAACUUUAUAGGAGACAUAUUCUGUUUGUGGUUUUCUGUAAUUUAUAUACUGUUGUGAUGUCAGAUAUCAAACAUUGAGGUUAACAUAUGUAGAAAUGCUCCUUACAAAUCAAAAGUUGAGGCUUUAACCUGCUCUAAAUGCUUCGUUUGCAGUAUUAUUAUUUUUGCCUUUCUGACAAGCUAACAUCAGCUUGUCACACAUGCUCAUAAAUGGUCUGUUCAGUAGCCUUGGUUGCCAAGGUUGUUGCUAUACGUUUUCCAUGUGUUGGUCACGUUGUCGACUCUCAUAUUUCAGCCCUGACUUUGGCUCAAACAUG